GUGAGGCUAGCUAGGACGGGAUGAUGAGGACUACUACUGCUACUACUGCGGCUGCUACUACCGACUACAGCGGUAUCAAACCAAAGUCGCGUGUUCACUGCCCCAAUCUCUCUCCAAGGGACAUGGUUGGGACUUGGGGUACCAGCAGCAAGGAGUGUCGCCCCUUUGGCCAUGCAAGGAAUGUGAUACCGUGUUACCAACAACGCUACAUCCCGACGCAGCUUUAAAUCCCAGAUCUGCGACCGCAGGAAAUCACCAUGUUUCGAGAACUGCACGGUCCCGGGAGAACUUGAAGCCAUGUACGCUGCUCCACCCCUCCGAUUAUUGAUUCUCUCGCUGGCAACUUCGACCGCGCUGGCCAAAACCAUCACGGUGGGGAUUGGAACAAGCGAGGCAAGCCGGCCACUGCAUGUUCCCGUGGGGAAGUGCACAGAUGUGGACGAAGAGGAGGUGUACACAUUAGACUUGAAACAGCCCUGUCGAGCGUUCACUGGCGUCAUGUGUACAGGACAGACGGUCAUGCUCCAUCCCGGCGAACAUACGAGCGAACGCCCUGUGCCGGUCGGAAGUCUUUUGUGUGAAUAAACGCGACCGUGGUUGGAUUCGUGGUGCCCGCGCGGUGGGUCGGGGUUGUGAAUACUGUACUGU